AUGAGUCACGUGAACAUGGCUUGGCUUGAUCUCUUCAGACACGGUUCUCGGUCAAGGAAUUCACGGCUGAGGUUGUCGACCGAAAGGGAGAAGAAGGCCAUGGAGGCCGGGAAUGGUUGCAGGCCUAACAUCACAGACGACAGGUGGUCUCUUCGCGGAACAACAGCUUUGGUCACCGGAGGCAGCAAAGGAAUCGGGCGUGCCAUAGUAGAAGAACUGGCUAGAUUUGGAGCAGCGAUCCAUACCUGCUGUCGGAGCGAACAAGAGCUCAACAAGUGUUUGCAGCGAUGGGAGGCCAUGAACUUCACCGUCACGGGGUCCGUCUGCGAUGUCUCGUCGCCGGUGGAGAGAGAGAAUCUAAUGGACAAAGCUCGAUCCAUCUUCGACGGAAAGCUCAACAUUCUGAUCAAUAAUGCAGCGAUAGGCUACAUAAAUCCAGCGAUAAAGGUCACACUCGAGGAGUACAAACAUGUCAUGAGUACCAACUUGGACUCUGCUUUCCAUUUGAGUCAGCUCGCUCAUCCUCUUCUCAAGGCAUCAGCGAGAGGCAGCAUCGUGUUCAUCUCCUCCGUCGCAGGCUUCCUCGGCAUAAAUACGGCGUCCGUCUAUGGAGCAACCAAAGGAGCAAUGAACCAACUCACCAGAAGCCUCGCGUGUGAGUGGGCGAAGGACAACAUCCGGACCAAUUGCGUCGCUCCUGGUGUCAUCAGGACACCGCUUGUUCGGCCGUUGCUGGAUAACAAAGAGUUCGUAGCGAAGGAGACACGUCGGGUGCCUCUGCGGCGUUUCGGAGAGCCAAAGGAGGUGGCGGCUGUGGUGGCUUUCCUUUGCCUCCCCGCUUCUUGCUAUGUCAAUGGUCAAGUGAUUUGUAUCGAUGGAGGGAAGACGAUCAACGGCAACCUGUGAGUUCCAUCUAUCAUCGAUGAUGACAAGUUUAUUACAUCUGAUAUGGGUUACGUACGGUUUGGGUUUCGUAUGACGGGUGUUAUUUAAUACUAAGAUGUGCUUAUCAUGCCUGUAUGAUGACUCCAUCGAUGUUGAUGACUUUAAUAUAUGUGCAUAGUGUGAUGAUGAUUUA